UGUGCUGCUGCUCGCGUGGGCUUGCAGCUCGCGUGGGCUGAGCGGUCGUGUGGGCUGUGCGCGGGCAUGGCCUGCACGCUCGUGGGUCAUGCUCGUGUAGAGUUUGUGUUCACAUACGAAACCUAAAUUGUGUAGGAUUUGUUUGAUGAUUAAAUUCCUAAUCCUAAAAGGAUAAAAUUAAUUAGUUAGAGUCCUACUAGGAUUCUAGUUUAACUAAUUAGUAUCCUAAUAGGAUUCCAGUUCCUUUUCCAUACCUCUAUAAAUAAGGGCCUAGGGUCAUUAUUUGCAGGUACGAUUGAAGUAUUCAAAGGGUAAGUUUUUGAAAGAAAAAUCAGCCAUACACUUGCAAACACAUAGCCGAAAUUCCUAGUAACCUUAAGGGCGAUUCUAGUUGGACUAACUUGAGGCGGAUCCGGACGUACUGUGGAGUAUCUACGGAGGGACGACAUUUGGAGUCCUAAAGACUUGUUCUUGUUCGGUUCGGGCGCAGCUAGGGAAGGCACGCUACAACAUGUAUGCAUCAAUUCUAUGCUAAAUGAUUAUGUGAAAAUAAUAUGCUUUCCUGGCUUUAUGGUUUUUCCGCAUGAUUUAUGAAUUGUCAUAUGUAUCAUAACCUAACAGCAGCACUAUAUAAGUGCCCCCUUGCCGUGCCAUUUUGAGGCACAUUCACUUGAAAUUUUUGCUUCUUUUCUCUCAAAAGUCGAUCAGCUCUUCCCUUGGUCUUGUUCUUGCCUUGUCCAUGUAAGUUUUUCAUAUUUUUCCUUAUGAAAUAACUCCAGGAUUGCAUGUAGUUUUGGUUUUCUCGUACUUUAAAAUGAUGCUUGUAUGCUUUAGCUUCUUGAAUCUUGUAGAAAACUGUUUGAUAGCCACUUGAACUUGAACUGUUGGAACUUGUACUUUUGAAAUUUUGAACUUGUAUCUGCUUCGGCACGGAUAGCCUAGGCGUUGAUGUAGAGCUUGAAUACCUUCUUCGGCGUGGAUAGCCUAGGAGUUGGUGUAGAACUUUGAAUACCUGCUUCGGCGUGGGUAGUCUAGGCGUUGGUGUAGAACUUGUACCUUGAACUAGAGGUCCACUGGGGAUUUUGUUUUGAGUUCAAUUUUUUGACUUUGUUUAGGCUAGUAUAGGAUAGCCCCCAGUUUAGAAUUUUGACUCUUUGUAUGCUACUUGAUUUAGUAUGCCUCGUCACACUCGGAGAAAGCUCGCUGAGUCGUCUGUGGUUCGAGCUGCUGAGGAAGAUGCUUCGGAUGACAAAGCGGCUGCAAUAAAUGCACCAGGUGGGGGUAUGGUUCCCCGGGAUGCGCCCGCUUUCCCUGGUGCUGGUUGGACCCCUUCCGACCUGGUGUUUCGGCCGGAUUGGCACUUGUCUCAGCGGCCUCGCGCUGGCAUGGCCGACGGAAAGUCAUUCCGUACUUACUGGUCCUUGGUGGAGGUUCAGAGGGCCUUUAAGGCUCUCCGUGCUGGAGAGGCUAUGGAGAUUUGGUCGCAGAUGGGCCUGGCCGAUUUCUGGCGCACCAUGGGAGGUUCCUCGAGGAGAACGGGGAUUAAGAACCGUUUGUGGGCUUUGCUAGAGCUGUGGUGGGAUACCACCAACACUUUCCACAUGGCAUGGGGGGAGAUUACUGUUACCCCUUUCGAGUUUGCUAUGAUUACAGGUCUUCCUUUUUCUGAGAGGAAUGUGACCUUUGACUCUGAGCUGACGUGGCGCUCGGCCGCUGCCAGGGACUUGCUCGGCCCUGUUGUUGAUUUGUCAGAGGACGACACUCAGGCUUCUGUGAAGGUGCUUGUAGACGCUAUCUGUGGUGAGGGUGUGUCCGCGGAGCAGAAGGUUAGGCUCUUCCUCCUUGUUUUGGUUAGCAAAGUGAUUGCCCCGAGUAGGAACAGUCGGGUGCAUAUUAGCUUCUUGUCCGCUCUGAGGGACUUGAGAGCUGUUCCGAGUUAUAACUGGGGUGGCUUGGCCUAUAGCCACCUCUUGUAUGAAAUGGGGCGGGCCUCCCGGACUGCACUGGGGAGUGACCCGAGCAUGGCUGCUCUGAGGAGCGUGUUGGAGAUUUGGAUCUAUGAGCCCUUCCCGACUUUGGCGCCGGAGCGUAUUAGAGAUGCGGCUUACCCGUAUGCUGCCUCUUGAAUAGGAGCGGUGCGCGUCGGUGUGUCCCUGGUGGCUUCUCGCAGAUCUUGGAGGGUUUUGCCUGCUGAUAGGGUAAUAUUCUUGUAUUGUUUUGCUUUCUUUUAUUUGUAUUUGUAUGGAUUGAAACUUGAAUUUUUGUGUGGUUUGUAUGGUUUUGAACUUGAAUUGGUUUGUAAGAUUUGAAGAUUGCGUUUUGUAUCUUUGAAUGUUUGGAAUUGUAUGCGUUGUGUGUGCCUUGAAAUUUGUGGCUAUAUGCAUGCAUGACAAUUUUGCGAAAAAAUUUG